GCAGGCUUCCCCCAGCACCCCCCCAGCGAGCUGCCGGUGGGUACCUGGCAGGCACACGAUGCCCGAGCGCAGCAGCUCGGCGUGCAGGUCCUGCCAGGCUGGUGGCGCCUGGGUGCUGGGCAAGGAGGGACUGUUCUUGCAGCUGGUACUUUCAAGGGGCCGUUCCUCUGCUGCGUCAGUACCUGCCCACGGGGAUGGAGAGAGAGCAGCUGGUGAUGCGCCACGGGGCGGGGAAAUGCCCAAGCUCCCGCAGUGCCCGGGUGGGCACCCAGCCCUGCUCGACUGGUACCUUUCCCAGCUGGCUUGGCUCUGCCCAUGCGGGUGCUGCCUCUGCCAGCUGCUGGGUACCAAAGACCAGCCAGGCCCUGCACAGCCGGCAGCUGUGGCUCACCACUGUCCCUGUGCUUCUGGACUGGCACCCAGAAAGUCAGGUGGGAUCGGCUGCAGGUGGGCAUUGGUUUCAGAGAUCUCCUGCCCCUGGCCCUGGCAGGAGAAGCCAUGGAGCCUGGGCAGAGCAGGAGGAGAGCAAGUCCCCUCUUGGUGCCUUGAUCCACAAGAGCAGUCCUCCGCCAGGCUUUCUGCCCUUGGCAGUCAUCUUCUCACACAGCUCCGAGGAGGAAUGGGAGACCUUGCUGUGGAAGAGCCCAGCUGCAGGAUGAAGCCAGCUCCUUGUUCUUGCCUUGCUCCCAAGCACCAAACCUGGCUGGGCAUCCACCACCUCCCUGCCUGGCACCCCCAAGCUCAGCUCCUGCCUUGUCACAGCACAAGAGUGAGGAACCACCACCUGCAAAGGGGCAUCUGUCCAGCUCUUGGUGACACUGUGAGGAAGGGACCAGCCUUGCCUGCACUGACCUUCACCAGAGCUUGCUGCCCAGGGUCACCCUGCACAGCCCUGGCAUGUCCCAAAACCAGCUCCUUUGGACCCAACUCAGCUCUUACCAACCAAGUUCCUGUGCACCAACAAAACAGCCAAGGAGAACAGAAAAGGAAGCCAAAUGCCCCCAGAAUGGGCAGCAGGUGAUGGGCAGCCCCAGCCCCUCCCCAGCUUGGCCACGCCACUGGGAAAGGCUCUGCGUGGUGUGGGGGUACAGACCAUGGGCUAGCAGGACCAAGGUGCUUCCAGCAGCCCCCUCCUGUGCCCAGAGUCUCUCACAACACCACCCCCAAGCCCCAGCGCAGCCUGCCCAGGUUCAUGGCAUGCACAGCUCAGCUCCCUGCCCGUGCUCCCGAGCCUUGGUGGCUGGGGAGAAGUAGCCUGAGUUUGGGUAAACUCAGCGUCUGGGGUCCCCCAAAUCACCAGCAAACCCCAGCAGAGCCAUGUGCCAGGGGCUGGACAGGCCGAAUGAGCCCAGUCCCCUCUCAGUGGGAUGAAGCUGCCCAGGACCGCAUCCGGCAGUGGAAAUCACAGGAGCCAGCACCGGGAGAGAGCAGCCAAGGGACGGAGACACCAGGCACAGCCCCGCUCCUGCCGAGGAGGGUUUUGGCUUAUGCAGACUGAAAGGUUUUCACUCAGGAAGGAGUGAGGUUGGAGCUCCAGAACCGGCCCUGAAUUAAAAUUCCUCUCCCUCUGGCCGUCAGCAGCUUUGGCAGGACACGAGGAGGAGGCUGAGGAGCAGCCCCAGAGCUCGGCAGAGCAUCGCCAGGAGCCAGGGCACCGACGUGUGCCAGCUGCAGGGACGACCGAGCCGGGGCAGACCCGGGGAGCCGCCUGUAGCUGCGCACCAGGGGCACACAGCAGGACCCACCUGCUGUGCCCAGACCCCUGCCAAACCUUGCAUGGUGGGCAGCAGCCCCACAUGGCCCUGCCCAAGCAGCUGCUGGCCUCCUCCAUCCUUUUCAUACGGCCUCCACCUUUACACCUGACCUCCAGCUUCACUUCUGCCCUGCUCUGCCUUUGCUCCCCACCUCCCCUCCCCACCGUCUCUGUGCUCUUGACCUCUAACUUUUCUCCUGUCCUCUACUUUCUCUCCUGACCUCCAUCUCCACAUUCGACCUCUACGUUCACUCUCGCCCCCCUCCACCUUCUCAUCCCACCUCCGCCUUUGCGUCUGACCUGUUGCACCUCCACACCCGACCUCCUCGACCUCUGCUCCAGAUCUCUUCCACCUUCACCCCACCUCCAUCUUCUCCCCACCCCCUCCACCCUCGCUUCCGAUGCCCGCCCCGUUCCCGGGAGGCCCCGGGACCGGCAGAUGCCCGCAGGAGCCGACGAGAAGGGGGGAGGAAAGCAGCAGGAGUUCAUUACCAUGUCCACCGGGCAGCGACAGAGACACCGGGGGGGCACCGACUCUCCCGUCCCUCCUCCUUCUCGGGACCGGGCUCCGCUCCGCCGGCGUCUCAGCCCCGAGCUGGGGGCGGGCGGCCCCGGCCCCCCUGCCCCGGCUGGCUCCCUCCGCCUCUUCUGGCUGCAGCACUGGUCCCGAGGGCACCCCAGGACUGUCACCAGGAUUCUGGAGUGGAGGAAGGCGCACCAGCAGGCGAUCAAGUUCCUGGAGCAGGAGCUGGGCCAGCUGAAGCUGCAGGACAUCUCGGGUGACUUUCGUGUCCUGCGCGUGGGCAGGGUUCACUAUGAGAUCUCCAGGCUGUACCUCCGCAGCUUCCAGCUGCCACACUCCUCCAUCUCCCUGGUGCCCAGCGUGGGCCUGCAGGUCUCCAUCUCCAACGCCUUCGCCGAGCUGGACGGGCACUGGCGGGUGAAGAUCUACUUCAUCCGGGACCACGGCUCCUUUGAGCUGAAGGUGGAGAACGUCUACAUCAAAAUCAGCCUGCAGCUGGGCAGCGACGCCCUGGGGAAGCCAACCGUGGACACCUCAGCCUGCAGCGCCCACGUCUCCAGAGUCCGCGUCCACUUCUCGGGCAAGCUCGGGUGGCUUUACAACCUCUUCCAUGGUGCUGUGGAGUCCAGGUUCAGGAAGCUCUUGGAGAAGCAGGUCUGCGAGAGCGUGGCCAAGUCUGUGCGCGGCAAGCUGCAGCCUUACCUCCAGACCCUGCCAGUCACAGCCAAGAUAGAUGCCCGGACCGGGAUUGACUACUCCUUGGUGGCAUCUCCAACUGCUACUGCCCAGUCCCUGGAUGUGGACCUGAAGGGCGAGUUCUUCUCCCUGGCACACCGCUCUGCAGUGCCCUUCUCUCCGCUGCCACUGGCCUUGCCCCCGGACCACAGCCACAUGGUUUACUUCGGAGCCUCCAGCUACUUCUUCAGCACCGCUGCCUUCGCCUACCACGCCUCCGGGGCGCUGGUCUUCGACAUCACCGACGCCGUGAUCCCAAAGGGUGUCGAGUUCCACCUGAACACCACCACCUUCUCAGCCUUCAUUCCCCAGCUGGAGAAGAUGUACCCCAACACACCCAUGAAAUUCAGGCUCUCGGCCCCCUCUGCCCCCUUCCUGAGCAUUGGGCCUCAGGGCCUCUCCCUCCAGCCCGUGGUGGACGUCCAGGCUUAUGCCAUCCUGCCCAGCUCCAGCCCAGCUCCUCUCUUCCUCCUCAGCCUGACAGGGAAUGUCUCUGCUGUCAUCGACGUCAGAUCUGGGCACUUAGUCGGGAGCCUGAACGUGGGCAGGAUAAAGUUCACCCUGAAGCAAACCAAUGUCGGCACUUUCCAGGUGCGGCAGCUGCAGUCGCUAGUGAACACCAUUGCCUCCAGCAUCCUGCUCCCGCGGCUCAAUGAGAGGUUAGAUCAGGGAUUCCCUCUGCCGCUGCCCGACAGGAUACAGCUCUCCAAGAUCCUCGUCAGGUUUCACCAGAAUUUCCUGCUGCUGGGAGCAGACGUCCGAUACCAGCCCCGGGGACGGAGAUAAAGCGACCAGAGGAACCCGAGCACCAAAGAUGGUCCCUUUAGCCCUUCCCUCCCCCUGGCCGCGUUGCUGGAGCUGAAGCCCACCGGUUCUGUGUCCCUCAUCACUCGCUUCGAGGGGCAGAAGCACCUCGGGGCUUAUCCCCGCAUCCCCCAGCCGGGGUCUCACUACGAGAGACCCCCUCCCCUCCUGCUUUCCCUCUGCCAGGGCUGGCAGCAAUAAAAGCGGUGGGCGCUGGGGGCCACGGCUGUG